CGCCGCGGCGGAUCCGCUUUCGCUUUGCUGCCUGAGACCAUGGGCGCUCUCCUGAGUGGCGGCCAGGAUGGCCCGGAGCCCGCGCAGCCCCAGCCUCCGGCACCGCAGGGGCCGCAGCAGCCGCAGCCGGAACCAGGCCCGUGGGGGCCGCUGGACGACGUGCGCUUUCUAAUCGCCUGCACGUCCUGGUACUGACCCGGCUACCCUUGGCUGUGGGGCUUCCUGGGCCUGGCCUGGCUUUUGUCUCCUCUCCCCAUGGCUUCCUGUCUUAUUCCCUCACUCUGGGCAGAGAGUCAAGGAAGAUCCUGGAGACUGAAAGCCCCCUAGGACCACCUCAGGGGGACUGCUCCCCAACCUCAGACUCGUUCCCUUUUUCGCCAGCCCGUAAACCAGCCCGUACCCAAGCCU